AUGUUAAGUGCUCCGCGUUUGCUUACAACAGCAACUGGAGCCUCUUUUGUUUUGCCCUUGGCUUCAAUGUUGCCAAGGGUCCGUCGCUCUCACACGAAGUACGCCGACUUGAGGCAGGCCGAUCGUCUUCCGAAUGGACAUCCAGAUUAUGUCAAACUCAUUCUUACAAGCAGAGUCUAUGAUGUUACAGACGAAAGUCCUAUCACACACGCCGUUAACCUUUCACAGAAAACCAAUAGUAACGUUGUUUUGAAAAGAGAAGACCUCCUUCCAGUAUUCUCGUUCAAGCUACGUGGAGCUUACAACAUGAUCGCCCAACUGUCGCCAGAGAAGCGUAGUAAAGGUGUUGUGGGUUGCUCUGCAGGCAACCAUGCUCAGGGAAUUGCAUUUAGCGCCAAAAAGCUGGGAAUACCUGCCACUAUUGUGAUGCCAACUGCCACUCCUAGUAUCAAGUAUCAGUCAGUGGCCCGCAUGGGAGCGCGAGUGGUGCUUCAUGGUGCAGAUUUUGAUGCAGCUAAGAAGGAAUGUGCACGUAUUGCCCAAGAGGAAGGGCUCAUUGAUAUCCCCCCAUUUGACCAUCCUUAUGUGAUUGCUGGUCAGGGAACUAUUGCCAUGGAACUUUUGAGACAGUUGAAUAUUGAUAAGGUUAAUGCUAUUUUUGUUCCUGUUGGAGGUGGUGGUCUGCUUGCGGGUGUAGCGUCCUACUUGAAAAGAUUAGCACCUCAUGUUCGUAUAGUUGGCGUUGAGACUUUUGAUGCAGAUGCACUAUACCAGAGUUUAAAAGCAAAGAAACGAGUUGAGCUUUCCUCAGUUGGUCCUUUUGCCGAUGGUACCGCAGUGAAGAUUCUUGGAGAAGAAACUUUUGAAAUAUUGAAGGAUACAGUCGAUGAGGUUGUUCGUGUUGAUACUGAUGAGAUCUGUGCAGCCAUCAAGGACGUCUUUGAAGACAGUAGGACUAUUGUAGAGCCUUCUGGAGCUAUGUCGGUUGCUGGUAUGAAAAGAUAUAUCGCUAAUCAUCCAGAAGUGAACCACAGCUCUGCUACUUACGUUCCUAUUUUAUCCGGUGCCAAUAUUAAUUUUGACCGUCUGAGAUUUGUUGCUGAACGUGCCGUGUUAGGUGAAGGAAAAGAAGUGUUCAUGUCAAUUCAAAUUCCAGAUGUUCCAGGCACUUUCCGUAAAUUGCAAUCGAUCAUUCAUCCAAGGCAAGUUACCGAGUUUGCUUACCGAUUUAAUAAUGCUCACGACGGCCUUGCUAACAUUUAUACCUCCUUCAGUGUGAUUGAUCGUUCCAAGGAGGUAGCCCAACUAAUGAGUGAAUUUAAAGCUGCUGGAUUUGAGGCUUUGGACAUCAGUAAGAACGAAAUUGCCAAGCUACACGGAAGAUACCUGGUAGGAGGAGUUGCUGAUCUACCAGAUGAGAGGUUAUUCUCAUUCGAGUUCCCAGAACGUCCUGGAGCUUUGACGAAAUUCUUGGACGGAAUUGCUUCAAAUUGGAACCUGACUUUGUUCCACUACCGUAACCAUGGCCACGACGUUGGCAAGGUAUUAGCUGGUAUAUCGGUACCUUCAACAGAUGAAGAAGCAUUCCAACAGUUUCUUUCCAACCUACACUAUGACUACAAAGAAGAAACUGAUAAUGUCGUUUACCGCAAGUUCUUGAGACGAUGA